AUGACAUACUUGAACAUGGCGAUCGCUCUCAGAAGUCGCCUACUCGUCAACGUGCUGAGGUUAUUUUGGAUCGUAAUCGCUCUGUGGUACGAGCUAGGGACCUUCAUAUCAGAUAGCCGAAGGUGCAACUGGCCUGACGCGGUGUUUGCGGUGUCUCCCAACAAACCGCAUCCUUAUCAUGUCCUUGUCGUCGCCGACCCCCAAAUUCUGGAUCACCGUUCAUACCCCGGGCGCGCACCAUUUCUCACAUAUAUAUCGCGACUUGUGGUAGACCUGAAUCUGCGCAAAAAUUGGCGUGCGGCUCUAUUGAAGCAUCCAGAUGCCGUCGUUUUCCUUGGAGACAUGAUGGACGGUGGACGGUUUAGCAUGUCGGACGAUGAAUAUGAAUCUUACUAUCGCAGGUUCAAAAGUAUCUUCAGAUUAGAUGCUGAAAUUCCUCAGUACUUCAUACCUGGAAAUCAUGACACUGGACUUGGUGCUUCUGGAGCUUUCUCGCCUCACGCCCGGUCUCGCUACCUCUCGCACUUUGGAGAGCUCAACUACGAUCUGACGGUGGCCAACCAUUCCCUCGUAUUUGUGGAUGCGCCUGGUUUCGUCGACGAAGACUAUCAACGCCUAGCUGUGGGAAAAGGAUACGACUCUUGGGAGCCAAUUCCAGGAGGCCCAAUUGAAUACUUGACGAGUUUUGCUAAGGGUAUGACCAUCAGCCUAUUCAGUGUACAGUCCCAUUCAUUGAUCAUUCUAGAAAAGACCACGCAUCCCAUCAUUCUCUUCAGCCACAUCCCGCUUUACAGACCAGACGGCAGGUCCUGCGGCCCUUUACGAGAAAAGGGAACAAUACGCCCAGGUGUGGGCAUUGGCUAUCAGAACACAUUGGGAAAAGAGGCCACAAAACGUUUGCUUGAGACGUUACGGCCAAAAUUGAUUUUGAGUGGGGACGAUCACGAUUAUUGUGAAUACAUACACACGGUGCCGUCAUCUCGUGGCCUUUUGGACAAAGCGCGAGAGAUAACAGUCAAAUCUCUCUCGAUGGCCAUGAACGUCCGGCGACCUGGAUUCCAACUUCUGUCCCUGGCUCCUGAUGCGCUGAGGGGGGACAAUCCUGGCAAUCCAACAUAUGCAGAUACGGCGUGCCUUCUGCCUGAUCAACUGGCGAUAUAUCUGAAUGUGUAUAUCCCCUUCCUAGUACUAUCGCUGUUGACCCUGUUCAUUUGCCAUCUAAUUCGUGGUUCAUCCCUUCGAAGUAGGAAACUGCUCCGGUCGGGGGACCAGAGGAUACCCGACAUUGAGGAUGGGGAAUGCAAAGUCCAUCCCUACGAACACAUGCCGCGCGACUCAUCGUACUCCCUACCUUUAUCUACCCCCGCUUCUACCAACCAGUUCCACUGGUCGUGGACAUUCGUUUUGGCGGGGAAGCGUCGCCGGCUCGCAAUAAAUCAUCAAUCCUGCAUCGCCUUAGCCAGAACCUUGAGUUGCUGUGGUCGAAAGGAGAGUCCCCGAGAAAGACCACGCAGACUUGGGUGGUUUAGUGGCUUCAUGCGGGACGUGAGAGACGUCGCGGUCUUUCCCUUGGCCAUAUUUAUCCUUAUGACGUGGUGGUUGUUCACAUGGUGA